CUCAUCCCUUCUUCGUGCUUUCUUUUCCCCUCUUUCUUCUUCCUCAAUCAAUUUCUAGGGUUCUUCAUUUUCUCUCUCUAAAAUGUCUGCUGAUGCCGAGUACAGAUGCUUCGUCGGUGGCCUUGCUUGGGCCACCACUGAUCAAGGAUUGAGCCAAGCUUUCUCUCAAUACGGAGAUAUCGUUGAUUCGAAGGUGAUCAGUGACAGAGAAACUGGCAGAUCUAGAGGAUUUGGAUUUGUCACAUUCGACACCAAAGAAGCUCUUGACGCUGCGAUUCAAGGAAUGAACGGAUCUGAGCUCGACGGCCGUCAAAUCACCGUCAACGAGGCUCAAUCUCGCAGCGGCGGCGGCGGUGGUGGCGGCGGAGGAUAUCGCGGCGGAGGUGGCGGCGGAGGAUACGGAGGUCGCCGUGAAGGUGGAUACGGUGGAGGAGGCGGCAACCGUGGAUACGGAGGCGGCGGCGGUGGAUACGGCGGAGGAGGUUACGGUGGCGAUGGCGGUUAUGGUGGCCGUCGUGAAGGCGGUGGUGGUUACGGCGGAGGCGGUGACCGAUACUCCCGUGGUAACUCUGAUGGAAACUGGAGGAAUUAGGAUAGAUUUUAUGAUGAAUGUUUGUUUUAGUCACAUUUUUUUUACCUUUUGGGGUAAAAAAAGGUUGAUCUGUUUUACUGUUACUGUUUGGUUGUUCUGAGUUACUGUUCUUGGGUUACUCUGUUACUGUUUCUGGGUACUUGAUUUUGAUUGGUUACUGAGUGAGGGUGUUACUGUUAGUUUGUAAUUAAAUCGAUAGUUUCAACCUUGGAAGUAAUGAAAAGGAUUGAAUACCAAAUUCUGUU